AAAAGCCUUAUUCCAAAACUCUCUCACACACAAACUCAUAUUCCUUUUUCAUUCGUCUCAUUUUCUCUCAUGGCGAGUAGUAGUGGAAGCCUCAACAUCCACACCGACGACAAGACGCCGGGAAAGUGGAGCGUACCGCUCGGAGAGGAAGUUUUUCGGAGGUUCUUGAGCGGCGGCGGUGGCUCGGAAAAGGCUGUGUUCAGCGAGGGAUCUAUUUUCAGCCCGUUUUUGUUCGGGAAAUACUUUGAUCCGUCAGAUGCGUUUCCGCUAUGGGAGUUCGAUGUUGAUGUUUUGCUGGCGAGACUCAGGAGCUUAGGACAGAGUAGAGUUGAUUGGUCUCAAACCGAUCGAGCUUAUGUCCUUAAAUCUGACCUCCCCGUGGUGGGGAAAAAUAACGUGCAGGUGUAUGUGGACGUUAAUGGAAAAGUGAUGGAGAUUAGUGGCCAGUGGAAAACGACGGCCAACGGAGACUGGAGAAGCGGUCGUUGGUGGGAAUACGGCUACGUCCGUCGACUCGAGCUUCCUUGCGACGCCGACCCCAAAAACUCGGAAGCUUUCAUCUCCAUCAAAGACGACUACUCUUUCUUAGAGAUCAAAAUCCCCAAGAUUGACUCUUAACAACAAAUUUUAAUCUGAUGUGUCAUUGGCCCUUGAUGAGUAUUAAUUUAGUUUUUUCUUAUAUUGAAUGAUAUGUGAUACCUCUAUGUGGUGGAAACACAAAGAUUAUGAAUGAUAUAAUACAUGC